AAAGUUUUGCGUCUUUAGAACCAGAAAAGUAUGAAUCGGGAGUGCUGUUGGUACAGUUUGCCUCAGAUAGACAAUACUGAGUAAUCGUGCAAAACAGGUCCAUUUUUUUGUAGACGGGAAAACGAAUUGUUCUUACAUGGAUUGAGGCAAUGUGUUAAAGACUACAAGUUUAAAGUGUUCUCGCAAACUUCAGCAUUUUCAGCAGUGUGAGUGAUCUUUGGAUUAAAUUGAUGAUAACGGGACAUAUACUUUAAUAUUGAAUUUAAACAAGCGGUCAAACUGUGUUCAAACAAGCUCGCUGUCAUAAUUAUAUUGACGGUACUUCAUGUACAAGUGUUUUUAGUUCCGGUAACUGUUUCAUUAUAAACUAACUGUUUAAUUACUUAGUUAAUUUGCCUGCAACGUGAGAGGGACCAAUAAUGGACGUGACUUACACUUUCUCGGGGAAGCCUUCAGGCCCGUCGUGGGGUAACGGGGCUCGGGCCUUUUUGACCCAGUUCUCUGACGUGUUCAGUGCCUUCGGAAAGUACAUAGCGCCCUCAUACAAGCACGACAGAUGUGAGAGGUCUGUUCAGAUGAGACUGUAUUCCCUCAACAAGAGGCAGUUUGUGAUGGUCUUUGUGACUUUCCUCAUGUGCUUUGGAAUAACAGUGCUCAUUGGGAUAGCUGGCCCACCUAUCAUUGAAACAGUGUCGUACAACCUGUCAGCCAUGACACAAGGAGACCCCAACAUCAAUAUGAAGACAGGGCCAUUUGCCCUGAAGUCGCCUCCCCUGACCACCUUCCAUCAGCAGUUCUGGUUGGUUGCUCACAUAAUUACAGAUAACACUGAGGGUACACGUAUAGAGCAGUCGUUCACAGUGAGUGUGUUCAUCGGGGGCAUCAAGGCGGAGGACAGCAGUCUGCUACAGGGGGACAACCCUGUGCUGGAUGGUCUAACCCACAACAGGACUCGCCUCCUUUCUUGUACACAGGAGUGCCGGGAUCUGAUUCUGCUGCAUCUUGGGUACCUUGACUACACUUCAUACGUCAUCAACGUCAACUUCCAUGGACUGGAGCAGCAGGCUCACUUCAACAUUAAAAACAUCAUCUUCUAUUUUAAAAGUUACAACACAGCAUUUACCAAACUGGAGAUAUGGCUGAGGUUUUCAUUCUUAGCCGUAACAUUUAUAGCAACUUGCAUGUUUUCCCAUUCGCUACGCAAAUUCUCUAUGCGAGAUUGGUCGAUAGAGCAGAAAUGGAUGUCUGUGUUGAUGCCACUUCUGCUGCUAUACAAUGACCCGUUGUUCCCGUUGACAUUCCUAGUAAACAGCUGGAUCCCGGGGAUGUUUGACGCCAUCUUUCAGUCCUCAUUUCUCUGUGGGUUACUCCUCUUCUGGCUCUGUAUCUAUCAUGGUGUUCGGCAGACUGACCGUCGAUUCUGGAAGUUCUACUCACUUAAAGUUCUGAUCGUUGGCCUAAUCUGGAUCUCCGCGGUAACGCUCUCCUCUUGGCAGGAAUAUAAUGAGCUACAGGACCCUACAUACUUCUACAGGCUAGACACCAGCAACUUCAUGGGAUUCAAGAUCUUCUUCUUUAUUGUUGGUGGUAUAUACCUACUGUAUCUUCUCUACCUACUUGUGCGGGCGUAUGCUGAACUCAGAUCCAUGCCAUAUUUUGAUCUGCGAUUAAAGUUCAUGACACUGCUCAUGUUGAUAGUAUUGUCAAUCAGCAUAACAAUCACAGUAUUACGGUUCGGGCGGGCCGCACUCCAGGACAACUUUGUGGCCGAACUCUCCACCCACUAUCAGAACUCCGCAGAGUUUGUUGCGUUCUACGGUCUGUUGAACACCUACAUGUUCACAAUGGCCUUUGUGUAUUCGCCGCCUCCCAGUAACAAUGUUUUUGAGACCCAUUUUAAAGACAACCCUGGAUUGUCCAUGCUGAAUGAUUCUGAUGAGGAAGUCCACUAUGGUUCAGACACAGAGAGUGUGGGUCUAACAAGAAUACGGCCAACAGGGAAAUACGACAGUGACUAGUGGACAUCGAUCAUCAAACCAAGUGAAUGGUCAAACUGUGAUAACUGACCACAUAUGCCAGCAUCCAGUAGUGGGAGAGGGUCGGUUCUAGUCGGCUGAUCUAGCCAGUGAUUAGCACUGUGAUAGUUUGUACAGUGAGGGGACUAUGGAGUAGAUAAAGCAGUAGAAACAGUGUCUUUUCUGAUUGGGAAAAAAUGCAUUGGUUUUGACUAAAUUUGGGAAUUUCCACAAAGUCGAAACCCGGUUGGCUCGAACUCACUUGGCUCAACUCGCAUGGCCUGAAUUUUUUGUUGGUUCAAACUAGAUUUAAAGGACCAAUUUCUAUAUACUAUAGGUAAAUAAUCCUGCUUGGCACUAAUUUCCGAGGCGUGAGGUAUUUUCACUGGUCACUGGGAGUUUGAGCCAAUAGGGUUUGACUGUAUUUCAUAGAAUUUGAAAAAGAGAGAAAGUAAAAGGCUUUUAUCAAGUUUGGUCCUAGUAAUGCAAACAAGAAUUCUAUCUCACAAAACAUCUUCAUGGGGGUCAAAUUUCUUGCCAAAAUCAUUUUUCAAUUUUUCAUUUCAACAGAUAAAUUGAACAUACUUUGUUUAGAGGAUAAAAGUUUAUGUUGGAAUGGACUGGAAUUUAGGUCCAAAAUUUACCAGAAACAAAUCACUGAAUGAAAUUCUGACUUAGUUAUGGGUGAAAUUAGAGAGUGGUUGUGAAAAUAUAGCUGCAGUUAUUGAAGUAAGACCCUUGGAUGCACAAGCCUGAAUUUUCUGCCGACACCUUGACUUUACAAAAUGUAACAAACCUGGAUAUUUGUAUUCCAAAUUUUUAACAAGCCCAAAAUUAUUGAAUCAUUGUCCGGCUCCAUGGUCUUAGAUCAACAAUUGUGGCUCUUCUUAGUUAUCUGGACAGUACUCAAAAGUGACCUGGCCCCAAUAUCACGAAAAUACUUAAUUCAAAGCUCAGAAAAUACUUAAUUCAAAGCUCAGAAAAUACUUAAUUCAAAGCUCAGAAAAUACUUUAAUAAUUCAAAGCUCAGAAAAUACUUAAUUCAAAGCUCAGAAAAUACUUAAUUCAAAGCUCAGAAAAUACUUAAUUCAAAUCUCAGAAAAUACUUAAUUCAAAGCUCAGAAAAUACUUUAAUAAUUCAAAGCUCAGAAAAUACUUAAUUCAAAGCUCAGAAAAUACUUAAUUCAAAGCUCAGAAAAUACUUAAUUCAAAGCUCAAUCACAGUCUCAACUCAUUUUACUACAUAGCAUCAGAAGCUUUUGAAAGAUCAUACAUUUUACACAUUUUAAAAAGCGCAUUCUCUCAUAGAAUAUGUUGAUAAAAAAAUGUUUUUUGACAAUUACUUUAAAGUAUUUUUUUUUGCUUUAGAAUGAAUUUUAUUUAAAAUAUUGACAAGAGGUUUUUAUUAUCACAUUUAAUGUGAAAAAAUGUUGUUGUUUUUUUAAUAAAAAGAGUUAAAACAUACAAAAUUUUAAAUCAUACGAUGCUUUAAUAUGGUAAAAUGAGAUUAAGAUUUGACUAGUGUAUUUCUAUGAUAUUGGGGCCAAGUGCUGAAUAGAGUUCAUCAUUCAUCAAUUCUACCGGUAGUUUGCCUGAUGUAGAAACUAAUUUAAUGAGUCUUUCUAGUUGAUUGAUGCUUGGCAGAGGAGGGGUGUACAUCAGGUGAAAAAGACACAUUUUUGCUAUGCUUCUGCUAGUAACGGGUUUUUGUUCUGAAGACAUCAUCAUAUUGAAGUGUUUAGUUCCAUGUGAUUUCAUACUUACAAUCAAUAUUUUAAAGCCAAAAUUUGAUGAUUUUAUUUUAUGUUGUGUAUGUUUAAAAUGUUGUUAAGAAAGAAUUUUACACUGCAUUUUUACUUUCUGAAUGAAAUGUUAAUAAUUUCUUUGUUACUUUAACGAUUGGGUCAUCUAAUUGAAGGAGUAUAUCGUACAAAUUUUCUGAUCUUUUACUCUUAAAUGUAUUAUGAUAUCGAUUUUUCUGUUUUCAUACUUAAAUGUAAUGAGAUGUCAAUUUUUCUGACUUUAUUUACAAAUGUUAUGAUAUAUUGAUUUUUCUUAUCUUUUAUUCUUAAAUGUUAUGACAUAUUAUUUGAAACAAACAGUUUGGCUGGAUUUUUUUUUGCAAGUUUUAUUUGACUUUAAAAGUUAAAAUUUUAAUUUGUUUUCUCACACUUGGUACUGACAUACAGUCAAACUCCAUUGGCUCGAACACGCUUGGCUCGAAGUGAACGUUGGCUCGAGCACGCUUGGCUCGAAGUGAACGUUGUCUCGAACACGCUUGGCUCGAAGUGAACGUUGGCUCGAACACGCUUGGCUCGAACACGCUUGGCUCGAAGUGAACGUUGGCUCAAACACGCUUGGCUCGAAGUGAACGUUGGCUCAAACACGCUUGGCUCGAAGUGAACGUUGGCUCGAACACGCUUGGCUCGAAGUGAAUGUUGGCUUGAACACGCUUGGCUCGCUCGAAUUUUCUGAGGCUCGAUGUAUAUUCACCGGUCCCUGGGAGUUCGAGCCAACGGGGUUUGACUGUAUUAAACUUUAUUGACAUGAUGCAGAGUCUAAUCAUUCAACCCCGGUCAGUCAAGUCAUGAAAUGCACAUGGACUAAGAUUCAAAAACAUUAUAUUCUAUUGUGAGACAAAGUAGGUCAUUAUCGAGACUGUUAAGAAUCGGUGUAAACAUUUUAUUAAGACUAAUUGGCAUCUAAUUGUGUUUUACAGGUGCUUCUUACUAUCUCUUUGUUAUUGUACGCUCCUUGAUAAGAUGGCCAUGUUGAACAUUGUCAUCUCUUGUUGUUCUCUGUUUAAUUUAACUUAUGUAAGCAGAUGUGUGGUAUUAUUCUUCUGUAUUAGGGCCCAAAUUAUUCUUGAGUCUCAAGACUGAGUUUAUCAAUCACAACACUUCAAAUCUUUAUAUCAUUUUAAAAUCUCUAUUUGAAGAGCAGUAAUGGUCAAAAUUCAGAGGUUGAAAUUAGCACAUGCCCGCAAGCCCUGUACUGUUAAAAUGCUUUCCGUGCUUGCUCAAAUUCUGGGUUUUAUACAGAAGGGCUGUUUCAGAAAUGUUAUGUUAAGCAGUAGUAAAUGAAUUUGGGUUUGUUCAUCCAAAAUACUAAUUUCGAUGACUGAAAAUUGCUGCAUAUUUUUAGAAUAACAUUUUAAAUUAUUUACGCAUCUUUCGUCAAAAAUAAUUAUAUUAAAGGUAACUUUGUAACAUUAUAAACUCACUUAUCUCAGUUUAUAACUCACACUCCAGACAUUAGUGACUUAUUAUGGGUCCAGUAUUUAUUGUCUUCAGAAUCCAUGUUUAAAUUUUUUAAAAUGGGGAUAUCCUUUUAAAAAGUUUUUUUGUUUUAAAAAAUCAUUUUCAUUUAUAUUACCAGUAUAUAUCUGUGAUGCUUAUAGAAAUCCAUAUUUAUGUUUAAUGUUACGUUUAUUUUAUAGUAUGUAAUGUGCAAUAGAGAUCCAUUCCACCGUGCAUUCUUUAUACAUGUAUAUAAUGCUUUAAGUAAAUAUUAUUUAUACAUUGCUUUUAAUAGCCAAAGCUGUUAGUCAUUAUUAGGCAUUUAAAAGUUUAAAACAUAUAUGACAUACAUUUUAAGCUCACCUAAAAAAAAUUGUCAUAAUCUUUGUUGUCAAUAUUGUUUAGCAAAAACUUUCAACUUGGCCAUAAAUAAAUAAUUUAAUGAGAUAUUCAAAGGAAUUUGGUAAACAUAUUGUAAGGGACAUUAUGCAUGUGUAUGGCAAGGCUUACAUACACGUCUUUAUUGCUGUUGUACGGAACUUUAAUUUAUUUGUUUUUGACUUUUUCCAUUGAUUACAUGGUGUUGUAUUUUGAAGAUAUAUUCAACAUUGUUAAUGAUGGUGCUAAUAGUUGUUAUAUGACUUCUUCAACAUACAAUAAGUGUUAGUUAGUGGGAUUUGUCGGUCUUCUAAAUGAAUAAUUCGGCAGCCCAGCACUGACUUAUUGUUUAGAAGACUAAAAAUAAAUGCUAACUUUUUUAGUGUUAAGUGCAAAAUGCCACUCGAAUGCCUUUAUGUUAGCCAUUGGGCAUGCAGGAUCUUCAGAAUAACUCUCUUAACGAAAACAAGUAAUAACUACCGGGUAAAUAGAAAUUUGGCAUUUUUUUCCAUUUCUUCAGGGAAAUUUGGCGGUUUGGUUAUCUGCUUUAUCUGACUUUUUUUGUUGUCGGAGCUUUUCAAAAUGAUUAAAUGUGAAUCUGUCCGGCAAUCUCAUUUGGCAGAAGCAUGAGCCUGAACACUAAGUUUGAUUACCCAGCAUUUUUACUCGGUAUAACUUGAUAAAGAUGUCGGACUACACCACACAAUUCUUAUUUCACUAAUGUUUAUUUUACAUACUUAAUGAGCUACCUAUAAUGUUUUGGCCAUAAUAGCAUUUAUUAUGCUGCAUUUGUGUUUCAUAUUUAGAGGAGUGAACUUGGAAAAGGUUCUAUCCACCUUUUUAUAUAGUAUUACCAAGAACCUUUCCCUUCAAUCCUCUUUUUUAGUGCAGAUUUACCUGUUAUAUCUUAUUCAAUAAAAAUUGUAUGUUUGCCAGUCAUAUUUACAUGUUCAUUGUAUUUCAUUAACACAUUGAGUAGCAGAACCUGUAUGCCAUUUACAAAUAAUAAAUAUAUGAAAAUUUA